CACCAUCCCCACACACUCGUCGAUCGCCUGGAUCUGCGCCUUCCUCUGGACGAUCCACAUCAAUCCACCACCUACGAUCCAAUUGAUCGAUCAUACGCCGGCAGCUAGUAUAUAUAUAGGUAGAUAGAUAGUUGAAUAAUUGAUCGAAUUAAUUAAAGUCGGAAUUAAGCAUGGGGGCCGGCGGGGUGGCGGAGGGGGUGAAGCCGGUGGCGGCGAUGGUGGUGGUGCAGGUGGUGUUCGCCGGCGUCAACAUCUUCUACAAGCUGGCGGUGGUGUGCGACGGCAUGGACAUGAGGGUGCUCGUCGCCUACCGCUACCUCUUCGCCUCCGCCGUCCUCGCCCCGCUCGCCUACUUCAUCGAGAGGAAGAACAGAACGAAGAUGACGUGGAGGGUGCUGAUGCUGUCUUUCGUCUGCGGCCUCGUCGGGGGCUCGCUGGCGCAGAACCUGUACAUCUCCGGCAUGAAGCUGACGUCGGCCACCUUCGCCACCGCCAUGACCAACCUCAUCCCGGCCAUCACCUUCGUGCUCGCCGUCCUCUUCCGCUACGAGCGCCUCGCCAUCCGCACCGCCGCCGGACAGGCCAAGGUCGCCGGCACGCUCAUCGGCGUCGGCGGCGCCAUGCUGCUCACAUUCUACAAGGGGGCGGAGGUCACACCCUGGCACACCCACCUCGACCUCGUCGCCGCCCUGCAGUCGCGCCACCACAGCACCUCCGUCGCCGGCGAGGCGGCGGCUGGGAACCGCGUGAUGGGGUCCAUGCUGGUGAUCGGCAGCUGCUUCUUCUACGCGCUGUGGCUGAUCCUGCAGGCCAAGCUGAGCCGCGAGUACCCGUUCCACUACUCCAGCACGGCGCUCAUGUGCGUGAUGAGCGGCGCGCAGUCGGCGGCGUUCGCGCUCUGCCUGGACAGGGACGCCGCGCAGUGGCGCCUGGGCCUCGACAUCCGCUUGCUGUCGGUGGUGUACACCGGCGUGCUCGCCUCCGGCGUCAUGCUGGUGGUGCUGUCGUGGUGCGUCAAGCGCCGCGGCCCGCUGUUCGCGUCGGUGUUCAACCCGCUGAUGCUGGUGGUGGUGGCCGUGCUCGGCUCCCUCCUCCUCGCCGAGAAGCUGCACCUCGGCACCCUGCUCGGCGCCGUCCUCAUCGUCAUCGGCCUCUACGCCGUCCUGUGGGGCAAGGGACGCGAGACGGCCGUCGAGGCGGCCAAGGUCGGCGACGACCACCAGCAUAUCGACGUCGUCGUCGUGGUGCAGCAGCAGCAGCAGCAGCAACGAGAUGAAGAAGGUGACGCUGCUGCUGCUACUGCUGCCACCACCACCAUGGCGGCGCAGUCAGCUGAAGAAUCAUCGGAUCGGACAGCCUCUUCACGACGCAGUGAUAGAUACAUCCAUCGUUCUUGCGGUUUCUAAUUAAUUAACUAGUGCUCCAGUAGUUAGGCUGCUAAUUCACACGCGCGCGCAUUACGGCUUGGUGGAUGAUCUGUACGAGAUGGAAGAAUGAAGCAGAACUAAUUAGUUAAUCAGGACGAUAUAUAUCAAACAAACAAAUUAAUACCAACCAACCAUUAACAAGCGAGAUCAAUUAAUGGUCCCUAGGAUGGUAGGUAGGAGAGGAGAUUACAUUGAUCAUGCAUCAUGUAUGAGUCUCAUACACAAUAUGAAUAAUCAAUGAAUUGUUUCUCCCUAAUGAAGAUGACAGAUUAUUCCAUGUCUAGUCUCUGAUUGCGCUGCAGUCAAUUGUCAUGUCGCCAUUCUUCUCGAGUUGUUCUUCUUGCUCGUUGUAACAGUGGCACAACCAUAUUUGCAAGGGAAAGUUAAUUAAGCGUGUGUUGCAGCAGG